AUGGGACAUCAACUGAGUAAUCUAUUCUCAGGGCUCGGGAGGUUCUUCGAGUAUCCCGUGAAAAGAAAACCCAUCUGCUUUUAUCGCCAAGAGGACUUUACUGCGACAGGGGAACCCCAAAAGAAAAUGGUCGAUUCACAGAAGACGGUCACCAUGACGGAUUACGACAAACUGGUGGACUUGUUCUACAAGAGGCUAGCAGAACAACGACAGUACAAUCAAGAGAUGAAGGAGCACGACCGCCGGUGGAGCAUUCAGAAGGUGGUGCAGCGAUUCCCGGGCUGGAAUGAAGUCACAAUUGCCAACUUGCACAGCCUCUUCCUGCUUUUCGACAACCAAUCCAACGGGAUGCUGGGUUUCGAGGACUUUUGUGCAGUUCUGGAGAGUUUGGGUGACGAGAGUCCAAUGGAGAUGCGCAAAGACAAGUUCAGCGCUGCCGACACCGACGGCGACGGGUGGAUCACCUAUGACGAGUUCUUAUCGUUGGUGUACAACUUCACUCCGCGUGAAAAUGACCGAGUAGCAGGACUGGCGAUGCUCUGCAACGAGGUGGCGGACAACAUACAAUUCGUCAGCAAUUUGACUGUCGGUGAACAAUUAGAAUACGGAUUGUUCUGA